CAUAGAACACUUUGUGAGUGACGCGCUUGUUAGAAAAAUAAAAAAAGAAUACAUUGGGAAAAACUUCUUGUGCUAAUUAUUUUAAUUAUAAACUAUAAGCAUUUGGGGCAAAAUGGUCAAUAAUUUUUUACAUUACAGAAGAAUCGCACGUAAAUGUAACAAGACGCUCGAGAAAAGUUAAAAACCUAGAGCAAGAAGUAGAAAUGAUUCUUUCGCAAGAUGAAAGUGAUGAAGAACCGCAACCGCAGCAAAAGGCACCAUCAUUUAAGGAAGCCUCAAUGCUCAAAACUCCUUCGGCGAAGAGACCUUUAAAAAAUGCCGCUUGCACCCCACAGCCAUCGUCUGAAGUGUUGCAGGAUAUUUUACAAACACCACGUCGUAGUUGUCGUAAGAGUGUGAAACCUCCACAGGACUAUGAUGACAUCAUUAUAAGACAUUCAACGCGUUCUGCUAAAAAGAAAUUUGCUGCGACAAACGAAAACAAUGAGGAGAAUCAAGAAUGUUCGGAAAGUGUGGUGAAGGAGGAACAACACCCCAAAUGGUCUGCAGCUGAUGUGGGUAGGUCUUCCUCAAAACGUACACGCAAAUCCAGACGAACAACAAGAGGAGGUAAACGUAAUUUAAAUGAUAGCAAAUACAUGGAGGAUGAGACUGUACACAAUUCUUCAGACAAAACUGAAGAAAUGACAGAAACUGUACCAUCCCCAACUAAAAAAAAUAAUGCGGAUUUCGAUAACCUGGUAGCAAAUGAACAAACCAUUUGUGAUCCCAAAAUGCCAAAUCAAGUGACAAAUGAUUUGAAAGAUAAUGAGGAGGAGAUGAUACAAUUAUUACAAGACGACACUGAAGAUGUAAAUGAGAUGGCAAAUGAUGGGCCUUUGACUCUUGAAAAUGAACCACAAAAAGACUUUUCCGUAGUUUUGGCUAAGAAGGAAGAGAUAUCCAAAAACUCUAUUGGAAAUUUAACUAUGCCAGAAUCUGAAACCAAAACUACAACCGAUAAUGGCAAGGAAGAUGGAUCUGAUAUGCCACUCACUAUUUCAAAUGAACUUUCCUCAAAGACAGUAAAUUCCCCGUCUACUCUAACUGCAAAGCAAGCUGAAGUCGCGGAGAAAAAUGAUUUAUUUGGUAUCUAUCUAAAAUCACAAAAUAUCGAUAUGGAAGACCUGGGUCUUAAUCCCAUAGACGAUGAAGAGGAAGCAGAUGUUAAUAAAAAGGGUAUCAUUAGGCAAGAUGUGGAUUCUGAGGAACCACAAGAAGAAAUGCCAUCUUUAAUAGUAUGCGAUGAUGAUGAUGGUGGUGAGCAGCUAUCUGUGGAUGAUAAAAAGCCAACUCUUAAUGCCACAUUUGAUGCCGAGGAUUCGGUGGUUUUAGUAAAAGAGAAUAUCAAUACACAGCAGUCAUCAACUUCUGAAGCUACCGAAAUGGAAGACCUACAAAUGUCAGAGGAUGAAGAAAAUGAAUCCAACAAAGGAUCGGCGAAGAAAGCUCCACGCAUAAUGCUCACUACAACUGAAGAUAAAAAUCAAACGCUAUUAUGUACGCCGCCCCGAAAGUUGCAGAGACCGUACAGAGUUCCUACGCCAUAUCGGACCAGAAGUGAUAACAAACCUCAACCAAAGGAAACGAAGGUCAGUGCCGAGAAGAUUCCAAUGGGAAGAGAAAAUGUCAGUAUCAUCAAUUGCAAUUUCACUACUAUGACACCAAGAGAAAUCGUUCUACGGGGCAUACGUAAACGCUCAAUGUCUGUAUGUUUGGGCACUGUCCCACUAAAUAAUGAGCCUUUGCUUACACGAAGUGCUAAAAAGCUAAAACGCAAAGCAGUCAAUUUCUAUAGUCCGGCCAAUCAGACAGCCAUUAUUGAGGACUUGGAUAAAUUAAUUGAGAAAAGCGUUAAAAAAUUCAAAAAAGAUAAAACUACAAAUCUAAAUAAAAAUAUAACCACACGCCGCAAGCGUUCCAUAUCAUGUGAUGAUAGAAUGGUCUUGUCGCAAUCAAUGUGUGUCUUAUCCAAACUUCCACGUCCUGUUGCACAUCACGUCCCAUUGCUAACAUCAAAUGUGACUUUCACCAGUACCUCAUCUAACAUUUCCGCAAGUACAUCUAAAGUCACUCGCACAAAGCUACCCAAUUUUGCAGCCAUACAUCAAAAGCAAUUUCAAAAAAUGGAAAAUUUAGCCGACCAUGUGGCCAGGAAACAGGAACGAUCCAAGAUUCUUAUAAAUUCGGCCUCCAAAAUGAGACCAGCUUCAGCUCAGAAAAAUGUUGCUGCAAACAUAAACAACAAGAGCAAUCAAAUGGAAAAACCCAAAGCGUUGAAAAAAAUCGAUAUGUCAUCAAAGAGUCAAAUUCAAAAUAUAUCAUCUGAAAAGAAGUUGGUCACACCAAGAAAACUGAAUCCUAAUCUAGUGAAAAAGCCCGUUGCCGAUUAUAACACUUCCAAAAUGCUCAACACAUCGAAAUUACCAGAUCCAAGGCAAGGAAAAAUAAUAAUAAAACCCAAACAAGCAAUGCCGCCUAAGAAUCACUUAAAACCAAACCAAUCACACAAUGUCGCGUCUACAACGCUAGGUAAUUCCGCUCAAAAACAAAAACAUAAACCAGCCUUCAAUUUAUCGACGCACAUUGGAAACAACACCACCUUUAAUAAGUCAUCAUCUACAUCGUCGCUCAACAAUACGGCAAUUGAAAAUAAAUCGAUGAGUUUCCAGGAUAAGACAGCCUCACGCUUACAACGCCAUAUGGACUUAUUUAAGGGCCGCCUUCCAGCAUCACGAGCUGGUGUUGCUUCGCGAAAAAAUGAAGCAGCUAUAAAAGGUGUUCGUUCGAAUCGCCGUUUUGAACUGCAGAUGCAGCAUCGUAAGAAUGCUGAAAACUGAAAGCAUUAAAAAAAGCUCUAGCAGCAGCUGUAUUUCUUUGUAUGCUUUAAUUCGUAAUUUUUAUUUAUGUAUGUUUUUUUUUCCCCCAAGAUCUCUUGGUUAAAUUAACUAUUAUAGCACCGUCGUUAGGGACAUUCGCUUCGAAAUUUGACUUUAUGGAUUUAUGUUUUUUAUGUUCUCGUCGUCGAUUUGUGUGCGUUAAAUAUUUGUAAUCUGCCUCGAGUUAUAUGUUCAGUCCCAGUUUGAUUUAGUCUUUGUAAUAUAGAAUUUUACCUUAUAACAAUUGAAUAAUAUGUAUGUCUAGAUUAUAUAAUUAUAUUUUAUGGAAUAAACUCAUUUUUAAAAUGUA